AGAAGUGUGAUAAGAGAUAGUGAAUUAUGUUUCAAUAUUCUUUACGAAACAUUAUCUGGCUUAAAAGUCAUGUUUAGUAUUGUGUUCUGUACAUUUUGGUUAACAAGUUACGUGUUGAAAUAUUUAACUGGUAAAACUAGUUCUAAUAAAAUGCUUCGUUCCUUCUUUAAUAUUGAGGAAGAAUCAGAAGAGAUUCCUUCAGCUGACAAUAUUGAAACCGAGCUAAUUGAUGGAGAUCUUUCACAAUUUGUAUAUAAAGAGGAUAAUAAAAGUCUGAAUGUUAUUUCAACUACAAGAUCAGCUGACGUAGUCGAUGCUAAUAAAUUUAAAUCCAGCGAUGAUUACUACGAGGCUUCGAACGCGUCUACCACUACUUUUACAGUUGGCAUAGAUGAUCCUUUAUAUAAUAUGAAUUAUGAUAAUCGUGGAAAAUGUGUGAUUUUUAAUCACACAAUAUUCGAUGAGAAUUUAAAUGAACGAAGAGGUACAGAUGUUGAUGCAAUUAGAAUAAACAAUGUCUUUACGAAGCUUGGUUUUGAAGUUUUGAGAUAUGACGAUUUGACCUACAUGGAAUUAAAAGAUAGAAUAUCUACAUUAAGUAACGAAGAUCAUUCUAACAGUGAUUGCAUUUGUAUUUUUGUAUUGACCCAUGGUAUCUCAGAAAAUUUAUUAUAUGCGAAAGAUGUCCCGUAUAGUGCUAAUUAUAUUUGGAAACCUUUUAGCGCUGACUUAUGUCCAUCACUUGCGGGUAAACCAAAGCUGUUCUUUUUUCAGGCAUGUAGAGGCAAUAAAUGGCAAGAGUCAUUUGAAUUACGUAGUAAUGCAGAAGUUACCGUUACAGAUUCGACUGCAUCCUAUAAAAUUCCUACACAUGCAGAUUUUCUAAUCGCACACAGUACAAUAGAAGGUUUUUAUUCCUUUAGAAAUGAAAAAAAUGGUUCAUGUUACGUGCAAUAUCUUUGUGAUACUUUAGAAGAAUAUGCGGAAACCAAAGAUCUCCUCAAUAUAUUAACUAUAACUGCACGAAAAGUGGCCAUUAAAUUUACUUCGUUCAAUGAUAAAUAUCUGGCAAGUCACAAUAAAAAACAAAUUCCUUCAGUGACAUCGAUGCUCAUUCGAGAUCUUUAUUUUAUACCUAAAAAAAAAGUGAACAAUAAAUCAGAAUGAAGCGAAAUAAAAUUAUUCGAAAUCAAUUUUUAUUCGUGGAAAAAAAACGUUUUAUUGGUAAAUAUUUUCGUAUAUUACUUAUAUAAGAAAAAACACAAAAGAAUAUAGAAAAAAUGAUGCAAAUUAGUAUUGAUUGGGACAAAAAUGAUUCAAAAUAAAGUCAUAGAAAUAUAGAAUCACGA